ACAGAGGAUAUCAAGUUUAAAUGAUGUCAUUAGGGUGGGCCCUAAUGCCAGCAUGACUGGCAUCCUUAUAAAAUGGGGAAAUUGGGACAGAAAGACAUACCUAGAGGGAAGAUGGCAUGAAGACACAGGGGAAAGAAGGCCAUCUACAAGUCGUGGAGAGAGGCCUGGAACAACACUUCUCCUCCCAGCCCUCAGAAGGAACCAGCCCUGCUGAUACCCUGACCUUGGACUUCUGGCCUCCAGAACUCCUUGAAAGCACACCCUAAGCAGCAGCCGCUGAGCCAUGGCUGAAGGGGAAAUCACAACCUUCACGGCCCUGACGGAGAAGUUCAAUCUGCCUCCAGGGAAUUACAAGAAACCCAAACUCCUCUACUGUAGCAACGGGGGCCACUUCCUGAGGAUCCUUCCAGAUGGCACAGUGGAUGGGACGAGGGACAGGAGCGACCAGCACAUUCAGCUGCAGCUCAGUGCGGAAAGCGUGGGGGAGGUGUAUAUAAAGAGUACCGAGACUGGCCAGUACUUGGCCAUGGACACCGACGGGCUUUUGUACGGCUCACAGACACCAAAUGAGGAAUGCUUGUUCCUGGAAAGGCUGGAAGAAAACCAUUACAACACCUACACAUCCAAGAAGCACGCAGAAAAGAAUUGGUUUGUGGGUCUCAAGAAGAAUGGAAGCUGCAAACGCGGUCCCCGGACUCACUAUGGCCAGAAGGCAAUUUUGUUUCUCCCCCUGCCAGUCUCCUCUGAUUAAAGAAAUCUCUCCUGGGUGCCGACCACUCCAGAGGAGGUCCUCACCCAGCUGACCCAGGUUGUUCCCUUGACUAUUGGCUGCACUAACCCCUGGCCCACAGAGCCUGAAAUUGUAAGCAGUGCGCUUCCAAAUGCCCAGUUCACUUUUUUGCAGAGGCUUUUACCCCAGCACAGUUUGAACAGAGGGAUCAAAUAGCUCCUAGGGGCCAACCGGCUGGCCAGUCUGGGUGUGUGGAUGCCCAGUUGCCUCUGGGCACCUGCUGCAGGCUGAGCCUCUCAAUGCAAAGGCGGGGCCAAAUGAAGUGUGUUCAGGGAGCUGCCAGGGUCAUUAGUAACCGCAUACGAUUCCCUCUACUGAGAAAAUCCUGUCUGCGAUUCCCCGAAACACUUGGCAUGAUGCCCUUUCGUCCUUUCAACACCCCACAAAUAUUAGCAGGGAAGCUUAUGGCUAGGUUAGGGGAAGGCAGUGUUCCAUGAGUAGAAACUAGGAUGAAGAAAAUCUCCCCUCGAGAACAGAAGGGAUUAAAAUGGCAAGGGGAGACUGGGUUCUGGUGGGCUCUCAGUGUAGAAUAAAUGAAGGAUGGGAGCUUCAGCCCACAGGAAAGCAGAAUAAAUGCAUAGCAUUGGCAGUCAUUACAAUGCCGUGACUUUCCCAAGAUAAUUCGGCAGUAGGAAGCCUCUGGAUGAUGUCAGAUGGACAGCAUGAGAAGUGGGUUCUUGAUCAAAGCAAAAACAUCAGACAUUGGUAAAUUCAUUUGGGUCUGGGGUGUGGGAGUGCUGAGAAAGAAAGGCAACGUGGGCUGAGAGGAUGAUUUCCUCUAAAGAGGUUGAUUCCAGAAGUGAGAAGGAAAGAUGGAGGGACACCAUGACUGUGCCUGGUCCCCAGAAAGCAGAGGCUUUGGGGUCCCAGGCAAUGCUUACAAAUCACAUGCAGAUCGUGUUUGAGUGUAGGUUCUGAUUCAGUGGUUCUGGGGUGCAGUCUGUGCAUUUCUAACAAGCCCCCAGGUGCUGCAGAGGCUGCUGCUUCCUCUUGCACCACCCCCCCCCACCAUACUUAAAGUAGCAGAGUCCUGAAGCGUGCUGUCCAAAGGAAGGGGCCCAAGGCCCCCAAGCCUCUCUUGCCUUGCCCAUAAAAAACUCAUACCCCGCGAGUCUUCCUGAACACUCAGGCAGCAUCAGGAGCAGUUAGGCCCGUGCUAAGGAACAUGGAUUUAAGGCGCUUUGGCCCAGUGCCUAUAAAAUACCCAUUUAGAAUAUAUACAAAAGCAUACUUCAAAAAUGUUAAACCCUCACAAACAGCUUUUCUCAAGAGACCAUUUGUGUUACGAUUACUUGUAUAAAUAUGCUUCCUGCUUAAAGUAAACUUGACCCAAGUGGCUAGCAAAUUAGAAACAACAUUCAUCUCUGACAUAUGAUACUGUUGCCAUGUAAAGGUCUUUAAUAGGCCAUUUAAAUUUACUGUGAGACUGUAUGUUUUAAUCACAUUUAUAAAUAUAUAGCUCAAAGGCAGUUAACUGAUUAGCAUUCAGCCACUGAGAAUGAUAAUCAUAGGACAUGAUGUAUAAGCUCCUCAAUUAUCUACUACUUGUACUACAUUUACCUAUAAAAAGAGAUUGUACUUUGUUUUCAAUUGUGGUAUUACAAGUUUUCCUUUGAAAACAGGGACGCUUAAGCAAUAAGAGGGUAACUGUGGAUACAAACUGAUGAGAAUAUUAGCUCAUGUUCUAAGGAAUUGACAAUAUUAACGGAAAAAAUAACUCCUUAUAAUUGCAUUGUCAUAUUUAUGAUGACAAACAAAAGAUGGUUUGUGAAGGUUCAAAGCAAUAUAGUGCAAUUGAGGAACCAAACUAAGUUAAUUCUACAAUUAAUAAUAUCAUUCUGCAUUUGUACAGAAAAACGACUUCAGAACUUUGUUUUUGUAACUUGGAUAAGACCAUUCAUUUUAUUUUAGUAAAUCCUUCCAGGCAAGCUGGA